AUGGAUGGCUCAACCCACCCCGACUUGUCUGCACUUGCGUUGCCACGCAGCGACUCCUCCACCCUUUCCGAUGUUCCGAUGACACCGCUCAACCCUUCGCCAGAGAUCGAGCGCCCCGAUAGCGUAGGGUCUAACAUUUUCGUCGCACCACGGCGUCACGCAAGAUCUGAGAGCAGCCUUAGCGAUCCAGUAGAAUCGGCACUCAGCGAUUGCAGCUCAGACAAGCGGGAAGAUCCCUCGUCGGCUGUAGGUUACCGCGUGGACGAUGAGCGCUCCUCCCUCACGCCUGCACCUGCCGUGACUGCUGUUCAACGCACCCGAACAAGCGUAGCAGCCUCCAGCUCCGUUCUUUCCUCGCUUGACUCUACGCCGGAGCCACCAUCACCUCUUCGCGUCGCCUUCGCACAUCUGGAGCGGGCGGUCGAGUGUACAUGCGAAGGCUGGUGUACGUGUCCGAAGCACGCCGCGUGGCCACUUCAGUCACCGAAGCAUCUACCCGAAUCGGCGCUGAUGAGCGCGAGCGACGAUGCCCCCGUGAGCGCGGUGAGGGAGACGCUCAUACGGGAAUGGCGUCGUCGCAAGGUGCUCGAAGCCGGUGGAGGGAGCCUGGCAGAGUCUGCGAAGAAGGUCCAUGAGACUCUGGUGGAGCUUGCAGUUGCGACGGGAAAGGGAGAGAAUGCAAGCCCGAACGCACCGUCACCUGCUCAGGCGGCGAGCAUGCUGACCGAUCACAUCCACGCCGUUUUCCCAGUGCACUUCCGGCGAAAACCGGUGCUUGACCGCGUUCACGAUGCUCUGUGUCAUUGGCGGAGCACACGCGAAGCUGACGGUGCAACAAAGCAGCUUUGGCACAGCUUCGGCGACGCGGUGGAAGGGCACCCAGAUUUGCUACUGGUUUUUGCCGAGUACUUCAUGUCGGAGGCCAGGCCAGAGGAGCUGCACCGUAAGCGCGAGCGGUGGUUGCAGCCGUUUGAUCAAGCUCACGAUGUGAAGGCCGAAGUAGGGAUCACGGUUAAACAGGAAGGCAUGAACAUGGAGUACCUGUGA